GCGAAACCUUGCUACGCGCCAUGGCGCUUUCCUCUCUAAACAUAACUUCUCUCUUGAACUCGCUACACACACAUCUACAAUCCCAAACCCAACUCCUUCCGACUCUCCAUGCACAACUGGGCCUGCCACCCACCGCCCUCGCCGACGAACUCAAGGCUCUGCAGGAGCAGCUCACGCAAUGCGUUGAGGCUCAGAUUGAAUCUCGGCGGAAGCAGGUCGAAGAGUGGACGGAGAAGUGCGCAGUUAUCGAACAAGAGUGCAUUAGAUACGGCAAUGCGCUGGGUUCGAAUGUGAAGGCAACAGGAGCGAGUGUUGGCGAGCUACGGAAGGAACACGUCCUUCCCAAACGACAUCAGCUGCUGGGAGAGUACCAGGAGAAGCUGAGACAACUAUACCACACCAAACUAGAACAGCUGUCAGCACUGACUAACCGGAUAGUUGCGCUGUCACGAACACUAGGCCCCGAAUUCUUUGCACCAGAGAUUCUUGAGCCGGCACCUGCUAAUGGUGUUGAUCCUCAUGACCCUUCGCAUCAUCGCGAUGUUACGCCGGAGCGCUUCUCUAGACUGGAGAAAGAGCUAGUGAGGGGAAAGAGCGAAGUCUCCAAACGGCUAAGUCAACUGCACGGAAUGAUGGUGCAGAUCGACUGGCUGUACACGGAACUGGGGAUCGUGCCUCCGUCCUUGGACGAGCUCCCACCCAUUCCCUCUUCCUCCUCCGCCUCCUCGUCACAUCUCGGCAGCUCCCUCGCCGUCCCACACUUCCCGCGUUCGAGCUCUCUCAGGAGUACCUCCCCCGACCCAUUCCUCUCCAGCUCUAUCUCCACCCCAACCCCCGCAUCCCGAGCCGAUCGCCUCGCCCCCCUAAUGCUGUCCUCCGCCAGCUCAUCCGACGACCCUCUCCCCAUCCCCUCCGACCUCACCUACCAGCGCAUCUUCGCGCAAUUCGUCGCGCGGCUCGAAGAGGCCGAGGCCGAAACCCCCAAGGCCGUGCUUGAGGGCGUCGAGCCUACGCCGGGGCUGCUAGCAUGGGCGUCCGCGACGCUCGCGGAGCUCGAGGACGUCAAGCGGCGGCGCGAGGCGCACAUCCAGGCGAUGUACGACCAGCUCGAGGCGCUGUGGCGCCGACUCGGCGUCGCGGAUGCGGAGAUGGACGGGUUUGUCGAGGCGCACCGCGGGAGCACGCAAGAGGUGGUCAGUGCGUACGAGGAAGAGCUGGAAAGGAUGCUGGAGCUGAAGAGGGAGAGGAUGGGCGUGUUUGUGAUGAAUGCGCGCGAGGAGAUUGAGAGGCUGUGGGAGGAGCUGAUGGUGGGUGAUGAGGAGAAGGCGGAUUUUGCCCCCUUCUUCGAUGAUGAGCAUACCGAGGAGCUGCUAAUCCUCCAUGAGGACGAGAUCAAGAGGCUGAAGGAAGAGAAGCGAGCUAAGGCACCUCUUCUUGCUAGUAUCAAGAAGUACUUCGAUAUAUGCGAAGAGGAGAAGGAGCUCGCAGCCGCAGCUUCAGAUCAGAGCCGAUUACUUGGCAGAGGGCCUCGAGAUCCCGGUCGAUUGCUGCGAGAGGAGAAGAUGAGGAAGCGUGUGACGAAGGAAAAGCCACGGCUCGAGCAAGACCUGUUGUCAUCCAUACCAACCUGGGAAGAGCAGACCGGCCAGCCCUUCCUAGUGCACGGCCAACCCAUCCUCCGCAUUCUCAUGGAAGCCGUAGGGGCAUCCUCCACCGAGAAAGAGAACAAGCGGCGCGCGAACUCGCGUGCCGGGUCCGUCCCUCCUCGGGCAAAGACACCUUCGACCGCAGGUCCUUCACACUCGCGCGGUACGGUCACCCCUGCCGUGCGACCCGGCAGCAGCCUCGGGCAGUCGCAGUCAAGCAAGCGCGCGCGGCUCGGGGACUCUACCUCGGCGCAUACGAACCAGUACGCGCCUGCGGGCCUGCCAAAACCGGGCACGCAGCAUUAUGCGCUGGGGCACGGAAGGCUUCCGUCGGCUGCGUCUCAGCCAGGCACCACUCGGGGUGCGGUAAAGGGCGCAAGGGCUAAGAGGGAGAGCUUCAAGCCGCGACCGAGCGUGGAUUGCGAUGCGGGCAUGGUAGGCUCGCGAUGGUCUCACCAGAGUACAGUGGGUGGAUUGAGGCUGAAGGUGGAAGAGGAGUAAUGCCUUUCAUGACUCGCUGGACUGCGUUCCAAGAUCCCUAUCUAUUAUUUCGUGACGAUAUCUAUGUAAUACCUUUUGCACGCAUGUAUAUCUCUCAGGCUGAACGAUGAAGUGAUGAAUUGUAUUCUAUUAUCGCGGACAAAAUCUUUGGACUCGAUGGCAGCCCGAGGGGGAACAUAAAUAUAUCGGGUGAUUGACUACAUACGAUUGGUUUAAGUAUUCUAUACCCAAUGCACUUCGCUAAGGUUAGGGUUAGGAGGACGAACCCACAUAAAACAUGGCCUGCCCAGCCCGAGGGCCGAAGCAGGACAGGGAAAUAUUUAGCGAGUGCAUGAGCCG